AUGACAUUGUGUAAGCCAAUUGAAGGAUCACAGUUGGUUAACAGCAGUCUCACCAAUUUCUUAGAGGAAGCAGACGCUUCUGAUGAUAUUGCUUCACAUGAAAAAGUAGUUAACUAUUUCCCAACCCAAGUAGACAUACUUUGGUUCAACAAAAUUAAAGAUAAUGGAGAGCCACUCUUGUCGAAUUUCUGUAGGCAAGAGAGGGAGACCACUGACCACUAA